AUGAGAUCGUCCGCUCGUCCCCAGCCUCCGAUUCAGCGUCUUCCAGUCGAACUCUUGUCCUAUAUAUUUGUAUUAGGAACGCAUUCUCCUCCUAGUCAUCCUGCUUCCCUUGAGACACCACAGGAAGCACCCUUAUUCGAUGUCGACAGUGUUAAAACCCCCCUCGUCUUUACUGCUGUUAAUCGACAUUGGAGGACGGUCGCUUUGAAUACACCCGCGCUAUGGACAAGCCUUUGUAUCACCGUUGGGUCACUAGAAAGCACCGCGGACACUGAAGCUUCCAGUUCCCUCGUCCUCAACACUUCUCAUGUCACAUCCUACUUAUCCCUCUCUCGGAAUUAUCCCUUGGACAUCUUAAUUGAUGCUCGGGACAUGGAUUGGGAUUUUUGCGAGCCCGAGAUACCGAAUCUCUGUGAUUCUCUUGACUAUACUCCCCCUUUCUCAUCCCAGACAAUGCUAGCGGUGAUUUCUCUCCUCUUACCCCAUCUACCACGUUGGAGAUCCAUCGACAUUUUAACGGAUACUUGGGCGCCUAUGUAUGUGGCGCUCAACACCCUCAACGAGUCUCUUACCACUCGCGGUGCUCUGCUUCUGGAAUCUCUUACCCUUAUGCGCUGCAAUGACUUCAUUAGUCACUCGUCCCAUUUUCAGCCCCGUCAUAUGCGACACCCUCUAUUUUUAAAGCCGAGAGUGACGAGCGUAGUAUGCUCUCUUAUUCCCAGACUUCCCCGCCUACGCAACCUGACUCUUCGAGGGGUUCAUGUUUGUUGGUCGUCGUUACCCAGUCUUCUUCGCACAGGUUCAUCUUCCUCGCUUUCCUCGCUCGAGUUAUCUUCUCAUUGUCUAGAUGUUCGACCGUCCCUCGCUGAAUUUCGGACCAUCCUUUCAUCCUGUCCGAUGCUUCGGAAACUUGCUGUCAAUGGGUCAGGUUUUGCCUUGGAUCAGGCAAAGUCCAAAGUGGGACCUUCCGACGGAACACCAUCAACAGAGUGCGAGGGAACCAUACCUCUCUCCCACCUGCAGGAACUGAGCCUGGGAUAUCGAUCGACUCUUGAUGGCAGGAAAAUACUGGCUCUUUUCAGUGCGCCCAAUGUCCGGAAACUCACAUUAGAAGAUGCCUCUCAUCCCGGGGGACUCCAUGAGGCUGAUACGAAGAGUAUCCUCAGAUACAUUGCCACAGGAGACGUAGGAGAUGCAAGACAACGAAGUUAUUCACGCGAUGUUGCGGUCUUAUUUCCAGACGGGCUUCACCAAAAUGAAGGAGCACACUCGUGCAAGGGACCAACUUCAUCGUCAAGGUCCGAUUGUGUAGUCAACAUGAAUCACCAGCUACAAACGACCGCGACGCAACAGCCAUUUCCGAUGGUUGAUACUGUCACCUUGAAGGGAGUGAAGAUCGACGCAGAUUCGUUGAACACGUUUCUCGCUGCACUCGUAAAUCUGAGAUUCCUCGUUCUAAACAACGUCCCUUUCCCAAUGAACCUCUUUCACGGCACCCUACCCAUUGCUCCCCACCGCACACCGCUUGUUGACUCAAUACGUCCCAGGAUACUAGAGCCAACCGCAAAUAGUUUUUUACCAUCAUCCUUCGCCAUCUCUCCCAUGUUUACGAAUCCAUUUAAUCGCCCCGUCCUCUCCUCUGGUUCAAAGUUAUCACCUCCCCCGCUCUCGUGUCCCAAACUCGAGGAACUGUGUAUUCGGAACAGUCAUAUUUCCCCUUCAGAUCUCAAGUUCUUUGUCCAGAGUCUAGUCUCGGAAAGGGAACGAGGGGGAUGGCUCAAUUUAUAUCGCGUCGAAAUCCAACUUGACAGUGCCAGUGAGACGACGUUGGCCGACAUCUGGUCGUAUCUGAACGCGGAAAGCUCCCGUAGGAGACUGGACAGUCCGAUGGUCUUGGACCGUUAUCCAUCUGCUGUCGAAGGCAACUUUGCAAUCUUAAAGGUUCCGGUGAAAGCAUCUACCGGUAUUACCGCAGACGAGAUAGUAGUCAAAAUAGUCCAAACGCGACCUCUGAACUUGUGCUCGGAGGAGGAAGGUGAUUAUGGUGCAUCGGAUCCGCGCGAUGACGAGAGUGAUGGUUGUAUUGAUUGGGUGGAGCUGAGUGAUCCAGUAUCCGAAAGUUAA